AUGCUGCUUAAGUUCAAUAAGGCCUUGGUAUCGGCCGCAUUGCUCGCUCACCUAUCGAGCUCGCUGCCGUUGAUACCCCGUCUACCCCGGGGAGUACCUUACUCGGUCGUCCAAGUUGACGGAGGGCCUGAAACACCUACAACAGAUGUACACGCAACAGUCACUGUUGAUAAACCUGGGUCGACUCUACCUCCAGUCACCCAUACGGCAACGAUAACCCACACUAUACGGCCACCCAUUUCGACGACCACAACCACAACUGUCGCCUCGACGACAUCUUGUACCUCUCCAUCACCGACUACACACAAAACAACCAUAACAACAACUACUCCUGCGCCAAGCACGUCAACAUCCACUCCAAACACAUCAGCUCCGACGUCAAGCUCUCCAACAUCGACAUCUACCACUACAUCGUCGCGUCAUGUUACCACAACAACCACAUCUUCUAUGCCUACGGCUACGACCCCUGGCACAUCAACCAAGCCUACCUAUGUGCCAACGCAAUCCUCAACUGCUCCUACAACGACCGUCCCGCCAAUAUCCUCUCAUAUGCCUCUUCCAACGGGUUCAGCCACCAGCACUACCUCUAUGACAUUUUAUAUGCCCUCACUCAUCUCCCAUGCUGGUGCCUGA